AUGAAAACUAAUCAAGAAAUAGUAAAAGAAGACAUAUCAAUUUUUAGUGACGCGUCUCCAAAAAGAUCUGAUUCUAUUUAUAACCAAAUUAACGCGCCACAUUAUCGAGACUUUCUCAAUGAUAUAACUUUUGGAGAAGGAGAUUCUUGGUUCGAUAAACAAAAUACUACGACCAUAUUUUCGUUUCUUGAAAAGAAAGUCGACGAUUUUACUGUGGUGGCUAAUGAUUCUAUAAUCAGUAAAAAUGUGAAAAUUCAAGUGAAGCAAGAAACGAAUUCUAAGGAACUCAAAAUUCCAAAGAAUUUUGAACCGCCAAAGCGCGUAAAAAACUAUCCUUCAUUUAGAUCUCCAGGGAUACAAAAACGACAGCCUGUGAAGAAGUUUGUCCCAGAAUUAACAGUGCCAAGGCCGUUCAAAUUUCACGCGAUUAACCGCAUUAACAAGACGGAAAAUCAACUUUCAGCGUCACCAUAUAUUCCACUGGCUGCACGAGUUAAGCAGUUCAUAGAAAAGACACCUGAUAGGUUUAAAUCAAAGCUCGUAUCGAUUAAGCCUGCUACAGUUCAAGUGAAACCUCCGACGAAGCCCAAAUCUCCAUUAUUGCGUACAAAGUUGAGAGCCAAACCACGCAAGGUAUUUAACGAAAAUGAAAGAAAAAAACAGGAAACUAAUAAAAUUCGCGCAAAGUCGGUAAAUUCAAAGAGUUUUGAACUUGUACCUGUCAGUUUUGUUUUCCAAACAGAUACACGCAUGAAGGAACGGAAAGCCUUUGACCAGCAAAGAAAACUGCGGGAUCAAAUGAAGAAUUCACUUAGGGAAAAGAAACGUGAAGAUGCACGACACAC